GUCCGACAGUUCCUGAGAUGACCCGGCGCGGGGAAUGAUGACUGACUAGACAUUGGGGAAAUUACCCGUUUGGGAAGUCGGUUCUCAACGCUCUGUCACCCGUCCUCACUACCAUCGGAGUUGCGCUCAAGAAUACCUCACAUCUCUGACUCAGCCCGCGCUGUCCCAGAACACUCUGGCGGCAUCGGUGUCGGCACGACCAUCCUGACGAAAAGACCUAAAAGGAGCCUGUUCGACGGCCCAACAAUCUCAUCCCAACUUUUUUGACAACUCAGUCAUUUCCUUUCAUGCUCCACAAGGUCUGCCGACCCAACAUCACAACUCACGACCUCAAGCGUCUCCUCAUCGCUACCCUCGCCACCACCGCCUCAAUGUCCGCAACUCAGACUACCCGCACUCCCAGCAAGAUCGUGUACGCCCGCGAGACGCCCGAGGGCGUCGGCGCGACUGUGCGCCGCUCGAUCGGCUCCAUGAGCCUCCGCAACCUCUCGCCCUUCCUCAUGCUCGACCACGCCGCGAUCCAGGAGGGCUCGGGCUUCCCCGACCACCCCCACCGCGGCCAGAGCACUGUCACCUACGUGCUCGACGGCAUGAUGCAGCACGAGGACUUUACCGGAUCGGCCGGCAAGCUCCUCCCCGGCGACGUGCAGUGGAUGACUGCUGGCCGCGGCAUCGUGCACUCUGAAAUGCCUCUCUUCGACGAGGACCCGGCCAAGCGCGUCCCGGCCGAGGCCCUUCAGCUUUGGAUCGACCUCCCGGCCGACAAGAAGAUGAUCGAGCCGUCGUACCAGGAGAAGAAGGCGGCCGACAUCGACAGUGUCCAGCCCGUCCCCGGCGUCGACAUCACGGUGAUCUCGGGCGAGAGCCACGGUGUUACGGGCUUCGUCCGCCCCGUCGGCGGAUGCUGGUUCAUGGACGUCAAGCUUACGCAGCCUGGCGCCUCCGUCUUCCAGCCCCUCCCCGAGGGCUGGACCGCUUUCGCCUACGUUAUCACCGGCAAGCUCCAGGUCGGUGAGGAGGCUACCCCCGUUGACAAGCACAACACGGUUGUGCUGUCCGCCGAGAGCGGCCAGAACGGCGUCCUCCUUACCCGCCCCGACGGCACCGACGAGGACACCCGCCUCGUUCUCAUCGCCGGCGAGCCCCUCCCCGAGAACACGACCAUUCAGCACGGUCCCUUCGUCGUCAACUCGCGCCAGGAGGUCAUUGAGGCCAUCAUGGACUACCAGAUGGGCCGCAACGGCUUCGAGCGCGCUCCUAACUGGAAGUCCCAGAUUGGCUCCGCCAUGCGUCAUUAGAAUAAGGCUCGCGCACGCCUCUAGUGCGCGCCAACGCUCCAGACUCAUACAUCAUAUGUCUCGUCCAUUUCAGUCUGUACCAUAGUGUACUUUAGCCUAUGAAAGUCAUCAAGAACAC